CUAGAAUAACCAUAUCCAAAGAUUGAACUAUUGAUCUUUCGGAUCUAGAACUCUAAUACCAUAUCAUGAAACCACUCAUCCCAAAAGCGUAACCUGACAGGACAAUAUAACACUAAUGGUCAUAUUUCUAAUAUUUCCUAAACCUCCAUUAUACACAUUGUACGCUUAGACCAUUAGCUCCCGGUACUUAUUCUUUCUUAAUACAAUGUAAUAUUUGAACGUAGAGACUCACUUGCCGUUUUCUUCGGUUAAUGUAAUAAUAUAACAACCUCCUAGAAACACGGCUUUUAUAUUUUAUUAUAUAUUCAUUAUUCAGUCUUCCUCUGUUUGCUGCACUUUGAACCCAACUCCUAUAUAUUUUCUUCUUCUUUUCCAUCAUCACUUCUCCUUCUUGUUCUUCUUCUCCCUUUGCAACAAUGAAACCUCUUUGUCGUCUUCGCCACCUAUAUUCCAUAUGGAUGUUCAUCUUAGCUCUUAUUGUCCUGGCAACCCACGUUCCAACAUCUGUAGGUGCCGCUGAUAACGUUUAUUACUUGGCGUGCAAGAACACUUUAAGCUGCGGAUCCAUCAGCCAACUCACUUACCCUUUCUGGGGUGAAAUUGACAACACUAAUGACAGGCCAAACUAUUGCGGUGAGCCUAACUUGGAGAUCACAUGUGAAGAUAACAACCAUAAUAAUGGAGUCCCAAAGUUCACAGUGGAUUCUGUCAAAUACAGGAUUCUUGAUUGGGACGUCGGUAAACAGAAUCUGACAGUUGCUAGGGACGAUUACUUUAGUACUAGCAUUGAUUUCUGUUCAGGAGAUUUCAGCAACAACACCUUGAAUGAAACCAUACUUCAAUAUGAUGAUAACAGUGUUGUCAAUAUCACAAUCUUAUACAAGUGUUCUUCAGAAACAAAGCCUUCAGAUCAGUUUAAGAUUGUUCAGAGUUGCGGCAGCAGUAGUGUCUACUAUGCUGAACAAGAUGAUAAUAAGGCGCUGCCUUAUUAUGAAGGUUGCAGCACUGUUAUUUUUCCUGUUUCAAAGGCCCUAGCUUCGGCUUUUGCUAACAGUGCCAAUAACCCCACUAGAAUUCAGCAAGCGUUGCAAGGUGGUUUUGUCUUGAAAUUAUUGCCUCAAAUCAAUGAUCAGUGCAGAGGAUGCACUAACUCAGGUGGCAAUUGUGGCAGCAAUGAUGGACAUUUCGUCUGUUACUGUAAUGAUGGAACUCAUUCAAAUUCUUGUUCAGGUAAGUUUGUUUCUUAAUUAUUAUUCAUGAUCAUGCCUGCAUGCGUGUGCUGGUUUCUGUCUUUCUGUUACCGCAAUUGCUCCAUCCAAUACCCUUCUAUAUUUUGCUCGUGGUGGUUCAUCCAUGCAACAAUUUCAUGGACCAAAAUUUAUGUUAAUAGUAUUAGAUAGAUAUUCUUAAUCGAGAUUAAUUACUUAGGAUUAUUGUUAAUGGGAUUAACAUGCGUCAAACCCUCUAUCUCUU